ACAAAACAUUUGCAGAUCAUUUUUAAAACAAUGAGUACCUUCGUGGCAGUGUUACUUAUUUUAUUAUAUGUAACUGGAGCAGGUCAAGGCUCCCGACGACGACAAGCAGACGAUGAACCAAACGAGAAAGAAAUAAAGGAUAAUGAGAACGACAAAUGUGGGGACGAGACUUUGUCUGAAGUUUGUGAAAUCGGCUGGUAUGGCGAGACGUGUGCGGUUCAAUGCCACUGCGCUGAGAACAAUGCCUGCACGGAUGAAGGUUUCUGCAUUGACACGGCCUCCAGGUGCAUGAAGGGUUUCUUUGGAGGAACUUGUCAGAUGAUUGAUAUGGCUCAAGCCGCUGUGAGCUCAAUGCCUUUGUUGAUUGACGGUGAUCCGGAGUCAUGCCAAGAGGAUACCACGAUUAAAAGACUUCACUUGAGACUCAAUGUUCCCGUAUAUUUCAUCUUUUUGAGAAUGGUUGUACUUGAGGAAGUAGAGUGGUUCAAUGACCCUAUAGAAGUGAAGUUCGUAACCAUCAAGGGAGUGAAAGCAGACUGCAUGAAUGCUACCACCUACCUGUUCUUAGAGAAUGCACUGGACGUGUACUGCAAUGUCAUUGACCUUGUACGCGAGAUAGAUGUCACGUGGACACACGAUCGUAUGCUCUGCAGCGUCAAUGUGGACGGGGGUAGCAACGUCGUACUGCGGCUACCUGGGGUCGAUCCUGAUAUUUUCAAGACUGUUGACGGCGACAUGAGCGUCUUGCCUGAGCGCUGCUGGUCAAAGAUAGGAGACAGCACAAUAUCUUGGACGAUUGACCUUCAAAAUUACCAUCUAAUCUAUAUGGUGGUCAUUACAGGAAGGCCAGAUGAAGCAGGAAACAAGAUGAGAGACUUUCGUUUGUCUUUGAUGGAGGAAGACAAAGUGGUUGCUGAGCUGACGGAUAAUUUAGAGACCCGGGGAUUCGGAAACCAGCAUGUUUUCUAUUUCUACCCAGACUUCGACGUGACGAAGAUCAAAAUAUAUUACAAGGAUGAAGAGAACCAGAGCCGAGAACUCCACAUUUGUGAAUUUGAGGCUUUUGGAUGGUGUGCCGCAGGCGUGUACGGGGAUCAGUGUGAGAAGAUUUGUCCUUCUCACUGCGCCAGAAAUCUGUGUGACGAAUAUGGAUGCUUCUGGUGCAUAGAGGGGUACACGGGCCCCACCUGCAAUAAAGUGAAAUCCAACACGACGUCAAACGAAGAAGGAGGCACAUCUAAGAAUGGAACCUCCUCGACCACCCAGCCCACGCCCAAUGUCUCUCUACAGACAGACAAGGUGAUAGACCUGGUCUUUAUCGGUCUCCAUAUUGCCUUUGGCACGACCAUCGUGGCGGUCUCGCUGAUCUGUAUCUGCCUUCGCAUCAGGGACUACAAGAGCGAUAGGGCGUCCACCAUCUUUUCUAUGGCUCCCCCAUCCUUGUCUGGCUCCUUUACCACGCCACAACGAAGUGUGAGAGCUUUGAACUCUCAACCCAGUAACACCAUUGUGGAGCAAGAGUUACGUCACCCGACUCCACCGCCUCGUCAAGGUCCCAGGCUCUAACAACUCUAGCGGCAGACAAGAUAUCUGCUAGAAAGAAAACAAAAAAAAGGAUAAAUGACACCAAUGCAGACGGCUUCUUUGUAAACAGAUUGAUUAACUCAUUGAUUUUAAGCUUCUAGAGGCAGUCAUUCGUUUCACCCCUGUGUAGACGUCUGCUCAUUCUUUGGCAGCUCUACGGACCGUCAUUCACGUCGGAUCUUCUGCAAAAUUGUUUAUAUAUUUAUAUAUUUAUCGCGCGAGAGCUGUGUCUGUGGUCUUUAAAAUUCAAAAGAGUUAUAAAUAGGACAAUGUAUAUGACAUAAUUUUAGUUUUUGUUGCUGUACAUAAUUUUUAAAGAGGCUAAAGAUGUGUAUCAAUUCAAAGCCUUAAUGACUUAACAUUGGGAAUGAAAAAGUUUAACUGUGAAGCUUCUUUGAUCGCGCACUAAAAGCCAACCCUGGAAUUAUUAUUUAUUAUUUAUUUGACCUAAUUGGACAUGCCUACCAAAGAAUGGGUUGAAGCCCAAAGGUGUGAGUCUAGAAAUAGGAUUACGUGAAAGUUGGAUGAAGGAACAAUGUUAAGUUUUUUUUUUCUAAAAUAUACAAAACUAUACAAGAAUCAAUACAUAUUGUAUCAUUUAUGAUUCAGUGUGAAGUAGUGUGCUCAAGGGAGUGGUAGAUUGUGACAAAAGCAACAUUAAGAAAUUACUAAUCACCAAUAGGUGUGCAUAUCUGUGAAAAAAAACACUUAAUCUGGGGAUUUAAACUAAGCAAAACUACAUGUAACAUCACUAGUGACAUCCUAUCUGGGAGCUUUGAUUGCAUAAGGCUGUUUAAGUGACCAUUAACACGCACGUGACAGCAAUGUGCAUUGAUAGGACAGUGUAGAUUCUUUUAUGUCCCCUUUCAGUGUCCCCAUUAAUUAGAGUGAAUUGAGGAAGUCCUAUUGGUGGGUAAUUAGUUGAGUUUUAACACGUGUGUCGUAAUUAUUUGUCGGGAUUGCACUGCGUCAUGGGCUGGACACAGCCCGCCGGCCACAGUUUAGGCAUCACAGUGGCGUCACCCUACCACAACACGUAUUGUAUGAGUAGGAAAAUGAUUGAGGAAAAUGUCGUAGGCUUGUCAUAGCAAAAGGUUGCUACUGAUUUAACCUUCUUGUAAUGAGUAUUUAAAAUGAAGUGUUUUCGUUGAUAGAAAAUUUCAGGACUAUCAAAGGACUAAGUGAAUUAAGUCCGAAUAUAGUAUGAAUACAGGCCGUAAGGUAAACAAUUAAAUAUUUAUAGAUAACUAUAUAGUAAUAUUUAGUUUCUACAUGGAUCGUUCGCCGUUGUUGUAUUUCUUGAAUUUAUAAUUGGAUUAUUUAGUAAAUAUAAUAAAUAUGGUUUUCUUU